AUGUACCCUUUACGACCUAUUAAAGUGUUUUUUACUAAUUACUAUUUGUGGUCAAAUAACCUCUGUGAUCGGUUUCCUUCGCUUUCUUCCAACAAUCAUUGUGCUUAUCCGGGAUUGCUGGCCGAGGUAGGGAGAAGAGAGCUUCGUUGGAGGCAUUACUCAAAGCACUGAGCCUUUCAGACAUUCGGAAUCAUCGCUAAGAACGGACCCUAUCAGAUUUUGCCUUACGUUGUUAGGAUUGGCGAAGGAAAUCAACGGACUUUUAACUCGGUAAUUGGCGUUGAAUAAACGGCUGUGCCGACCAUACGCUUACAGUGGAAGUACCUCAGAUUUUGAUGAAACCUGGCACAGAUUUAGAGCAUUUUUUUCUAAAACAUAUGCGAGAAUUCUAGCCCGCGCUUUGCGGAAACAGCCGAGAUUUUUAGAUCGAAAGUCGGCGAAAUUUUAGGACUUUUUGCUGACUUUUCGGCACGAAGAGUUUCAUGCCUAUUCCUACAAUAGAAGGUAAUGUUUGCACAAAAAAUCAAUUUUUUCCUUACGAAACUAGCAAAGUUAUGUUCCAACAGUGUUUUUCUCUCUGACAGCUCUCCGCGUUAUCCGUGCUCUCGCGGCGCAAAGAUGGUUCAAUAUCUCGGUGGCGCUUGCAAAGCGCGAGCUAAAACUUUCAGAAAUUGAUACUUAGUUCAUGACCAACGUAUAUGCAAAAUUUAAAGAACAUCUGAGCGUCCCACUUGGGAUACUUCCCUUGUUAGAACAAGUAAUUUUUUAGGAACUCGGCGGAUCAAACAUCUUCCCCGACAAAGAAGUACUCGAAAACAAGACGUUCGACACAAUGGCAGUUCCAUUUCAAUACACGCCAGAGCGCGAAAAACUUGUGGAUUUUUCUUAUCACACAUACAAGGUAAAUUCUGAAAACCCAGCGUAUAAUUGCGAAAACCAAUUACACAGUGGUCCUUAAUAUAGGUCCGAUCAUUUCUCUAUGCCUCUCGCUUUGACGACCCUACUAUUCGAUGGAGUUUGUUCCAAAUGUACGACUUGUCGCUUUGGCAAAUGAUUGCGUUUGUUAUGCUUCUGCAAUGUGGAUUUUGCAUCAUUGUGCGGCAUGUGGAAGAAAGAGCAGGCCGUAGACACCAAGAGACGGCGCUACAAGUAAUUUCAAGAUAUGUAAUCAAACACAUAUUGUUUCAGCUUCUCUGGAAAGUCAUCCAGGUCCAGCUCUUCCAAUCGAAACGCAUAGUAUUCCAUUUCCGAGCUGGAAAUUACUCGCUACUCAUAUUUGCAUAUUUCCACGUGGUUAUCUUUGGAAUUUUCUCAUCGUAUCUUCUCUCAGCCAUCAUCCAUCCCAAGCGCGACUAUUCGUUUGUGAAAAGAGAUCGGAUUAUCAGUGAUAUCAAGAAUGGCUAUAGGGAUAUAAUAGCCGUUACUGGGAGCACAUGGUUCGAAGAGAAGAUCGCCAAAGGCGAUGAGAAACCAUACGACGAGCUGAAAUAUGCUUUAGGUGGCCGGAAAGUUCGGAUAGUAGGGCAUGUGACAGGUAAUAAGUGCUUGAAAAGUACGUUACUUGAUUUCAAGAUGCCCUAAACGAAAUGCGCUACAAGAAAGCGGUUCUCUUCUUCCAAGAAGACGAGAUGAUCGGGUUUGAAAUGCAAGCACACUGCGAUUUUGUCCGUCUAAAAUUCAAAUUACCAGAGUUGGAAUCGCAUUUGAUUUUCCGCAAAAACUUCUCCGAACUCGAGAACAUCUCCAGAAUCAUCGAGGAGAAUAUUCAUGAUCUCUAUAGGCUGAAAGACCUGUAUCUGGCAAGAGGAAACCAUGAAAAUACAAAGUGUGAUGACUUUAAAAUUGGCGAUGCAAUGAGUAAGCACUUACAUUCAGAACUUGAAGCUAGUAAAACAGUAUGAGGUAUAAAUGUGUGUAAAUAAAAGUAUUGAAAAAAGGCAAUGUUUAGGAAUCACGCCGUAUAUUGGAGCCCUUCUUAUAUGCUCGACUUUGACGAUUGCUUCUUUGGUCGCUUUGUUCUUAGAAGUGACCAUCAAUUACUGUAGUACAAAGCUACGUCCGGCAAGGACAAAUCUAGAGCUUACAAUGACAAUUGGAUAG